AGUAUAUCGCUGUUAAGCCAUCGAAACAAUGAACGUACAACCGACCAUCAAGCCUUCCCCUCAAUACUCUGAAGUAACUAAGGUUACGACGGGUGCGUUCGGAGUCCACGAUACUUUAAGAAAUGGACAGGGUCAUGCACUCAGCCAUGCUGAUAACGCGCAUCCUGUGGAGUUGAUGCAGAAGCAGACCAAGGUAUCUCAGAAACAACUCCGUCUGCAGAUGUUGCGUGACGUACAGGGUCUGCACGCCCCCAUGCGCCUCACCACAGAGCGAGCCUUGAUUAGCAAGCCACUGCACCACAUGCCGUGCAUCACUACCUCCAACAUUGCGCUGGAAACCUUUGACAACACAGACGAGUUCAUCGACUACACCGAUUACCUGAACGAUCCACGAGACGCCCCAGAGAUGGGCGAUCCCCACAUCAUGAUGGAGUAUAAAUUGAAAAUGUAAUUAAAUAAAUAGUACUUGAAUGUGGUAAAUACGC